AUGUCAAAGAAGAAUAGUAACUUCACCACAACUGAAAAUGUUGCAUGUGGAUCCCGAAAAUUGUCAGUAUUGUGGAAUGCUCAAACUAUAGCCAUCUUCAUUGACCUUUGUAUUAAGGAGGUGGAUCUAGGCAAUCGUCCCAGUACUCACUUUAAUAAGGUUGGAUGGGCAAGGUUGGUUACAAAUAUUAGUAAAGAGAUAGGAAGACCGUAUGAAAAAUUACAAUUGAAAAACAAGUGGGACUUACUAAAAAAAGAAUGGAAAUUAUGGAAAGAUCUAAAAGGGAAGGAAACUGGUCUUGGGUGGAAUGUCACUAAGAAUACCGUUGAUGCAUCUGCGGAAUGGUGGCAAGAUAAAAUUAAGGCAGAACCUAAAUAUGCAAGAUUCCAAUUUGAGGGUAUUAGUCCUGAGAUGGAGGAGAAGUUAGAUAUGAUGUUUUUGAAUGUCACAGCCACUGGUAAGCAUUCUUGGGCACCUUCAUCUGGUGUACUACCAAUUGAAAGUGAUGAUGAUGCCAACCAACUUGAAGUUAACAGUGAUUCGAAUGAGUCUGUGCCAAUUGAAAUCACUCAAACUACAAACAAUGUGCCAAAAAAGAGAACUAAUCAAUCACUUGAAAUUCAAGAUAAUAAUGAGAAGAAAGGUAAAGGAGGGGGAAAAAUAGGAGGUGCUGCAAAAUUAUCACUACAAAUUGAACGUCUUGUUGAGGUGGUUGAGAGUAGGAGUACUGGAACAUCAAUGGCUAAUAUAGUUUCACAAGGAACUAGUAUUGCUGAAGUGAUGAAAGAUGUUGCAACUUUACCUGGGGCAGAGCGUGGUAGCAAGUUGUGGUGGUUUGCAACUAAAUUGUUUUGUGCUCAAGAGAAGUGA